AUGAUUAGUUGUAAAUUGAAAAAUAAUAGCAGAAAAGGAAUUUAAUAUGGCGAAGUAAUUUUGUAAGAAUUAUUGUAAUUUUGAUAAUUUCAUUAGUAAACAUUCAGAAUUAUAAGCCAGAAUUACAAUUUAAAUGAUUUCAGCAACUGUAUAAUUAAGAAGAAUAAGAAUAGGAGGGUUUCUAAUAGAUCUCCAAGAAACGAUGAAGAAGAAGAUAAAACAAUUAAGAUAUAGGUGCUUAGAAUAUCCAAGAUCAAAAGAAAAGCAGAAAGUAUAAUAGUUUAGUAUAAAACCCCGAAUAAAUUACAAAUCCUUAAAAAGGAGUGUUCUAUUUAUAUAAUUUGUGUAAAGAUUUUCGGUUUGACAAUGAUGAGCUUGAUGAAUUGAACAACUAUAUGCAUUUAAUAGAAGAAUGGCACUAUUAGGUAAUGCAUAAAUACGACUCUGAUUAUUUACAAAUCGAUUCUAAAAAAUUUGAGGAAAUAAAAGUGUUCAAGUUAUAUUUCUACUUAUUUUUAGACUCAUUUUUAAUUUUUUAGAAAGGCUCACAAAUAAUUCAGCAAUCUAAGAUCAAUAGCCUUAUUAAAACAUUAAAAUAUGAAUUAACCAGAGCAAUAACAAUAAGCUAUUUCUACCACCUCAUUAAAGAAACCUUUAAAUUAUCUUAAAAAAAAAAAAAUUAUCAUCACAAGUGA